AUGAAACGUCGGGCCGAGGAGACUCAAGAGACUCCAGCCCAACUCAUCAACCAUGUUCAGAGUGGGGCGUCUGCAGCCGUGCAGAUGGAGUUCCCGUCGCGCCGUACUCUGGCCAAGGUGGUGAAUCGUGUGUGGAAAGCCUGCGCCAGUGCGCCUGCUUUACCGACGGACCGCGCUGAGUGGAUCGGUCUGGUAGAAAAAAUAUACGUCGACGGGACAUUCAGCUUGUCGCCUAAGCUCUUCCAGCAAGUAUUCGUUGUUCUCGCAGAGCGGUCGGGCUUCGUCUUCCCCGUCUGCUACGCGCUCCUGCCGAAUAAGAGCCAGGCUUCAUACACGCGCAUGAUUCAACUCCUUUGUACCGCUUGGCCCCACUUCAAGCCGACCACAGUCUCUUUGGACUUCGAACUCGGCUUGAUCAACGCCUUCAGAACCACCUUCCCCGAUGCCGAGAUGAACGGUUGUUUGUUCCACUUGGUUAAGAACAUGAAGGGGAAGUUGAUGGAUCUCGGCCUCGUGAAACGCUAUAACCAAGACGCGGAGUUCGCUCUAUACGCCCGUAUGAUACCAGCCGUGGCAUUCUUUCCCCCGGAGCACGUUGACGUUGCCAUCAGUGAACUGGCACCGGAGUUACCCGAAGAACUCAUGCCAGUCCUCAAUUACUUCGAAGACAACUAUGUUGGUCGCCUAAGAUUGGCACCCGGUAGAGAAGUAUCUCGCGCCGAUCCGCGUUUUCCGAUCGCUAUGUGGUCCGUAUAUCAACGCACUCUGGAUGGGGAUGGCCGAACGAACAAUUUUGCUGAAGCCGCCCAUCGGCGGCUGCAAGGCGAGUUCGGAGUAGACCACCCGAGCCUGUGGAAAUUUAUCGAUGGUUCGCGAAACGUCCAGCAGGCUCGGGACGUCGACUACUGGGCCGGUAAUUACCGGCCCAGUGUUUCGACAUCGGCGACGUAG